UGACAUUUGUUCUAUUUACAUUUAUUGUUUGUGUUGUCGGUUUCUCAGAAUAAUCUAAAGUUAACAAAGAUAAUUGUAACUGGGCGUCUUGUACGCAGCAAUCUCAAGAUUAAACAAAUUCCUAAUACGUUUAAAUAAACCAGAAAAGCAAGUUGUCAAAAAAACCUGCCAUGUGGAAGCUUCUGGUCUUCGCCCUUCUCCUGACCAUGAACUCCGUCUCAUCGCGGAAAGACCCAAAGAACGAUCCGCGGAACAUCGACGACCUCGCCUUAUGGAUAGAUGAAAAACAGGUCAAAAUGUUCAGUGGUAUGUCGUACGAAAUUUACGCCAUAGUCAAUGGCAACGUCCUACCCUACAUUUUAGACCCAAAUUUCGAAAAAUACUUACCAGUCAUACCCUCCGAAGUUAGUUACGUUAAUUUUACAUGGAAAUCCGGCACCAAGAAGUAUAAUUAUAAUUUUGAUCAUUUACAGUCAUUUGAUGAGAGUAUUUUAGAAGCUCCAGUGAUAUCAAUAAAAACAAAAGGAAGAGUGCCAAAAAAGCCAAAAGAAUUUAGUAUUUUAUUGCCGUGUUUAGGGAAUAAUUCCGGCAUUGCGCCCUUCGGAAUUGAGCUUCACAUCAUGAAAAAGGGAAAACCUCUGAACGGGACGCCACUGCGUCUCAAAUUGCGCAAAGAGUGCUCACAAAGAAAUCCGGACCCAGAGUGCGAUAAAAAGUGCGCAAAUAGGGGCUGGUGCAACCACGAGAAGAUCUGUCAGUGCUCGGAGGGCUACAUGGGGCAGUACUGUCAAACCGCGCUCUGCUACCCACAGUGCAUGAACGGGGGCAACUGCACCUCGCCGGGGAUAUGCAGCUGUCCCCCAGGAUUCCAAGGAAGACACUGUGAAGGAGGAAUCUGCUUGGAGAAGUGUCUCAACGGAGGGAAGUGUGUCCAGAAAGACACUUGCGAAUGUUCCAAAGGCUACUACGGCCCCCAUUGUGAAUACUCCAAGUGUAUAAUUCCGUGCGUAAAUGGGGGCAAAUGUCGUGGUGUGAACAAGUGUAGAUGUCAUCAAGGCUUCCGUGGUGACCAUUGUGAAAUCGGCAAGGCUAAACCCCAUAGAAGUAACUGCAAGCUAAAUUGCAAACACGGUACUUGCGUUGACAAUGCCUGUGUUUGUGACCCGGGUUGGUACGGACGACUUUGCCACCACAUGACAAUGUGAAAAUUCAAGAUGCCUACUAUGUUUGCCAUAUUGUGACGUAACAGCCAAAAUUUAUUGUAAUUGCACUGUUAUACUUAAGCCAUUUUGUAAAGUUCGUAGUUUAUACUGUAGUAUUAGCUAUUUUAUGUUUGUAGUUAAGUGUUUUGUGUGACAAUCGCUUGUGAUAUAGAAGUAUAUGUAUUUUUGAUAACCUAACUUUUAAUAAAUUUGGCGAAAUUGCUUUCUUUACGUGUCA